AUGGCCCCAAACGCCGGCUCAAGCCGCAAGCGCAAAGAGCCCGAGCUGCCCUCGUCCCUCCAGAAGAAGCGCAGACUGAACGACCUUUCGAAAUCCUCUCCGACAACGCCAAAAUCCACCCCUGGCGUCGGCUCAUCGGCCGUCAAGAAGUUCAGCCGCAAGACCGCCCCGGCCGUCAGCUCUCCAUACGAGGUUCCCGACUCCCCAGAGGAGGGCGCUCCUCCACAACGAAUCCGAAACGUUCGAAGCGUGAACCGACCGACGCCCAAGGUCCCGAUUGCCGCUCGUGGCCAGAUCGAUAUCGAUGCGUACGAUGUGCCAGACUCCGACGAUGAGCUGCAUCUGAACCCCAAGGAGGUGAAUGCGCAGAAGGCGAGCCCGACGGUGAGAAAGAGCGGUGGCGUAGCGAAGGCGGUCGUGCCUGAGCCGAAGCAGAAAACAGCUAGAAAACGAGUGCCGUCGCAGAAAGGUGCAAUAAACGUAGUGGAGCUGGACCCGGCAGAGGAGGUUCCCACAACCGAGGAAACAGGUUUGAAGGCGCGCGCCAGUGGGAGGCGCAGGAUACCAACGGCCAAAGUGUUGGAGGAGCAGCUGGGAGGAAUCCGUUCCGGAACACCAGUGUCCCGUGCGACGUCGUCAGCAGCCGACGAUGUCCAGGAGACGAAAAAGGCAGCCGGCAAGGCGGGUCGCAACGUUUCCAUGCCGUUGAAGGGCAUCUUGACGCCAUCGAAGCGGGAUGGAACGCCGAGGAGAAGCAAGAGCGUUGCUUUCGAUAGCGAACACAGCAAGGAGGAAGUAUUCUUUGAGGAUCUGCCGACAAAGUCUGGACGAAGUAAGCAGACCCCGGCAAAGGCGACGCCGAAGGCUGCGAGUACGACAAAACCACGAAGGCCGGCCCCCAAAGCGGUUGAGGAGGAGCCAGUGGAAGAAGACGAAGAGGAACCUGAGCUCGAGGUCGAGGGAGGGCCUGCCGAAGAAGAGGAGGGAUCGGAAGAUGAGGAUAUCUGCGUCGUUUGUUCGAAGCCAGACUCAAAGGCGGGAAACAAGAUUUUGUUCUGCGAUGGGUGUGACCGGUGUUAUCAUCAAAAGUGCCACAAUGUCCCGAGGGUUCCCAAGGGCGACUGGUACUGUGAUGAUUGUGUUCAGCAGAAGGAAUCUCGGGUUUUAGCAGCGGGUGAGGUGGCCAAGAUCCCCAACUUCGCACAACAUCUGAACAGCAUGAAGAGAGUGCUGCUCGAUCGGUGUACGGGGCGGCGACGGAUCAAGUUGGUUGAUCAGGAUGAGGCAUAUGAGAAAGCACACCAGCUGGUGGAGCAGACAGUGCUUGCAGGAGAGGGAAACUCGAUGUUGGUGAUCGGAGCCAGGGGAUGCGGCAAGACCACGCUUGUUGAGAGCAUUGUCAGUGACCUGUCUUCACAAUACAAGAAGGAGUUCCAUGUGGUGCGCCUCAAUGGCUUCAUCCACACGGAUGACAAGUUGGCUCUGAAGGAGAUAUGGCGCCAGCUGGGCAAAGAGAUGGAUGCCGAAGACGACAUCACAGCUCGGUCGAACUACGCCGACACAAUGGCCUCGCUGCUGGCACUUCUCUCCCACCCGUCAGAACUGGCUGAGGCGGAAGAGGGGGUGACGUCGCAGGCUGUCAUUUUUGUCAUUGACGAGUUUGACAUGUUUGCUGCUCACCCGCGCCAGACCCUGCUCUACAAUCUGUUUGAUAUCGCGCAAGCACGGAAAGCCCCCAUUGCGGUGCUGGGCUGCACGACGCGGAUGGAUGUUGUGGAAAUGCUGGAAAAGCGCGUCAAGAGUCGUUUCAGCCAUCGAUAUGUCUACCUGUCUAUGCCGAAGAGUUUGCCAGCGUACUGGAACGUGUGCAAGCAAGGCCUUACGGUUGACGAAGAAGACAUGGAAUUGGAGGGGAUUGAUGUCAGCGUCGAGGGACAUGAGGCCUUCUAUGCAAACUGGAAUGCAAUGAUCGAGGUGUUGCGCAAAGAGAAGUCAUUUCAGAAUCUCCUUCAGUGCCACUAUGCCACGUCAAAAUCGGUAUCGGCGUUUUGGUCGGAAUGUAUCCUCCCGCUGUCCUCGCUAUCGCUCGAAGCCCCAGACCUGGUCCUCCCGCCCCCGGCUGGGUCAGCGGUCUCCCUCAGACCACCAAACUCCAAAUUGCAUAUCCUGCCUUCGCUCUCAGAGCUGGACUUGGGGCUGCUCAUCGCCGCAGCACGCCUGGAUAUCGUGGCUCACACAGACACGGUCAAUUUCGCCAUGGCGUACGACGAGUACAGCUCCCUGAUGGGCCGGCAGCGCGUGCAGUCGGCUAGCUCGGGCAUGCUCGCCCUCGGAGGCGGAGUGCGGGUAUGGGGUCGCGGCGUCGCCGGAACGGCGUGGGAGCGGCUGGUGUCUCUGGGUCUGCUGGUGCCCGCGGGCCUGGGCACCGGGCGGGCCUCUGGCUACGGCGGCCUGGAAGGCAAGAUGUGGAAGGUUGACAUGGCGCUGGAAGAGAUCCCGGUGGGCGUAAAGCUGAACAACGUGCUGGCGCGGUGGUGCAAGGAGAUUUGA